AUGGUUAAAUCCUUUGAGGAUAUGGAUUGCUAUGAAAUCCUUCAGGUGGAUCGCAGUUCUACUUUACAGGAGAUUAAAGCAAGUUAUAGAAAACUAGCUUUACAGUAUCACCCUGAUAGACAUCCUAACAAAGAAGGAUAUGAUGAGAUAUUUGCAGGAAUUAGCAGUGCCUACAACAUUUUGUCAAACGAGGAUAAACGAAAAUGGCAUGAGAAGGAUUAUACUAGGGACCAAUACUCAGUGUUUACUGAUGAAAUUCAAGAAAUGCAAACCAAGUUAGAGAAAGUCAACUUUGGAGUAUGGGUAAAUUUUCUAAAUCGAAUACGAAUAGAUGAACAAACUGCACGUUCUACAGUUGAAUGGCCAAGCCUUGGUGAUAUUACCUGGUUAUGGACACACACAAAGCCAUUUUAUCAAAAAUGGCUACGAUUUUCUACAUCAAAAUCUUUUGAGUGGGAGGCAAUUUACAAUGAAGAAGAAGAAACAGACCCUGGUACGAAACGAUUAAUGAAAAACGAAAACCAAAAAUGUAUUAAAUACUCUAUUCGACAGUAUGAUGAAGCAGUUCGUGCACUGAUUGCAACAAUGUGUAAACUAGAUCCUCGGCGUCAAAACGUGAAGAAAAUCUCAGACCCUGAACGUUAUGAAUCUUUGCAAGCUGCAUCUCGCAAACAAAGCGAGCAUGAUCGCCGUAAUUACCAGGAUUCUUUAAAAAAACAAUCCCUUGCUUCAUGGACAGUUGUAGAUCAAGAAUUGAAUUGGAGCGAGGAUGAGGAUGAGGAUGAAAGUUCGUCUACUGAUAUGACGGAAGCAGUAGACAUCACCAAUUGUUCCAUAUGCAACAAGUAUUUCCGCUCAUUACAGCAGCUGAAAAAUCACGAAAACAGUAAAAAGCACAAACAAAACUUUCGAAAAGCAAGAAAAAAGCAAGAGAAGGAUGCCAAAAUUGCGCCCAGACCUUUCGAAGCUUCAGGAGAAGCUUCGGAUUCUUCUAAGAAAUCUGAACCUUUAUAUGAAUUCUCUUCUAAAAGCGUUGAAGAUAUUGAAAGAAGUUUUACAUUUAUCGAGAUGUCUGACGAUGACUUCUUUACUGCCCAUGAAUUUAGCGAUGAAGAGGCAUUCUAG